GGAGUGCAUCACUUUAGGUGAAGAAAUAUCAUGACAGUGGAUGUGUGGUGACUGAUUUGGAGGACGAAAGAUCAGGCAAAGACUUGAGGUGGAAUAUCUUGCCCAGCGAAGUGAUUGUUUCUUGAAACAACGCCAACACCGACGACGACGACGACAACGACGACAACGACAAUAUACGACUACAGCCUCGUCAUGUCUUCGCAGACACAAUACGUUGACCGUCCAAUUCCUCAAAUCUCACUACGCGACUUCGAUAGCCGGAUCGAUGAGAUCACGAGAGAACUGAUCGACGCUGCUGAGAAUGUCGGUUUCUUCACGAUUGUCGACCACGGGAUCUCAAAAGACGACAUCGAGCAUAUGUUCGCCACAUCGAAAGCCUUCUUCGAUCUCCCCGACGAGACUAAAGCGACGGUCCCAUGGAACACGAACAAUGUAGGCUGGGAGAAGAACUCGCAGAUCCGGCCGUCGACGGGGCAGCCAGAUAGCAAGGAAUCCUACCAGUUGCAGUUCGGAGAAAACAUGGCCAAUCUGUGGAUGAGCGAUGAGCACUUACCUGGAUUCCAGGAGACAUCGCUAGCGUUCAUGUACCGCGUCCAGGAUAUCUCGGAGCGUCUGAUGCGCUGCUUCGCGCGGGGGCUGGACCGCCCAGACGAUUUCUUCCUCAAGUGGCACGAUGUCUCGCAGCCCAACUCGCAGACCACCAUGCGCCUUUUACAUUAUUUCGCACUCCCCGAAAAGCCGGACGGCAAGACAUAUCACCGCGCGGGAGCCCAUGCCGACUGGGACCUUCUCACCCUUCUGUUUCAGAAGGAGGGCCAGAGCGGGCUCGAGAUCUGUCCGGGGAGGGAGAGCGUGACCGAGUUUGGGAUCGGCGACAGGUGGACCAAGGUCGAGGCCUGCACGGGAGAGAUCGUAUGUAACAUCGGGGAUCUGUUGAUGUCCUGGUCGGAUGAUCGGUUCAAGUCGACUUUCCAUCGCGUCAAGGCGCCGUGCGAGACUGGCGACUACUUCGGGGACCGGUACAGCAUUGCGUAUUUCAACCAGCCCUGCAAGAAUGCUGUUAUCCAAGGCCCGUUGAAGAAGUUUCCCAUGGUCACAGGCGAAGACUUCACGGCCAAUGCGAUGAAAAGGAAUUUUUCUGCGCUGCAGGAGAAGUUGAAGGCCAUUGCAGCUGCUGUCUGAGACAUUACCAUAUCAACUGUUCUAUUUAUUUACUUUUUAUCAUGAUUCAAAGAUCGAAUACAAGCUUUGCCUUUCUUGAGCUAAUCUUAUAUCUAAAGUUAACCUUUUAUCUUAAUACUAGC